AUGCCGAUCAGAUCGGAGGUUGGACUGCCAGAUCCUCCAUCCAUGGGCCGUAGAGGAUCAGCGCCGCCUUGUCCGACACCCCUCCGCCAGUUGCUGCAAGACCCGCCACGGUCAGGCGGGUCAGCCGCUGGUCAGGACACCGGACAUGCUCGGCCAUCAGCGCGGGCGUUUCGGGCGACAGACCAGCGCGCGACCAAGGCUUCGGCCAGCGCCGGAAAGGUCCGCAGGCGCCAGAAUACCACCGUCGUCGCGCCCGCAUCGGCGGCGGCGGCCCGUAUUUACGAUCGGCGGGUAGCGCCCCGUCGUCAUGCCCUGUCACGAACUGCACCUGCGCGCCUCGGCCCGUCGGCGCAACGAUUUCCUCCAGCCGCCCGAAAGAUGCCAGGGUCGCCCGACUUUCAACCGGACGACGCGCGCGCUAAGUGCAUGAUCGACCAACAGCCGGUCGGAUCUCCGCCUGUUUGGGCGAGGCGCCCCGCCCGCUUGCCGACCGGCGACCAACUCGGCGCGUCAGAUCGUGCGUGCGACAGCAUCGGCCCGGCGGCGAGGUCGUCGAACAAUACGACAUCGGCUUCGGCAAGGCAGCGCACCGCCUUCAGCGUCAGCUCUCGGGAUCGCCCGGCCCCGCACCGACAAGAGAAACGAACCGCUCACCACCAGCGCGCCACCAGAUGGAAGAAGGUGCCGGUCACCUGCCCGCGUCGCGACUCCGGGCACGGCCUCGCCUUGCGCAUCGACGACAUGCGCAGGCGGGUAUCAGGCUGUUCGAGCACGGUCGAAUGGAACUCAUGCCCGCCCAGCACCGCACCUUCGGCAUCCCUGCCACCUCGUUGA